AUGGUCAAUAAUCUUCGUUCAUUUACAACUGCUAAAGAAAUGUGGGAUUAUUUGCGACGAAUUUAUUAUCAGGAUAAUUCUGCACGAAAAUUUCAAUUGGAGUUGGAUAUUGGGAAUUAUCGACAGGGAAAUUUGUCAAUUGAACAAUUUUAUUCAGGUUUUAUUAACUUAUGGAGCGAGUAUUCCAAGUUGGUGCAGUCUAAAGUUCCUAAAGAUACUUUAGCAGCAUUACAAAUGGUUCAUCCUGAAAGUCAACUGGAUCAAUUUUUGAUGAAAUUACGACCCGAAUUUGAAAGUACACGUGCUGGGUUAAUCAAUCGUAGUCCUGUACCGUCCUUGAAUGUCUGCUUAGGAGAACUAUUGCGUGAAGAACAGCGACUUGCUUCUCAGCAUAGCAUCAGUCCGAGCAAUGAGAAUUUUGAGAUGGUCAAUGUAGCCGAUGCCGCACAAGGCAAAGGAAAAUCCAAAUCAUCACCACAGUGUUACAGGUGCAAGGAGUUCAGUCACAUUGCAAAAUACUUUACCAAGAAAUUCUGCAACUAUUGCAAAAAGGAGGGUCAUAUUAUCAAAGACUGUCAAGUGCGACCUCAGAAUCGAUCACCUCCUGCUUUUCAUCAUGCUGUUCAGUCCAACCUUGCAGCUGCAUCUUCAGAUCAGUUAGGUACCUUGGGUUCCCCCUCAACUCUUACACUUGAACAUGCUCAAUAG